GAACGGUGUAAAGGACGUACGCAGCGCAGACAGGAGGGGAGGGAUAUACAGUCGGCACACGCUGCACUUCAACCGCCCGUUUUGUGAGGGGUAUUCGAUGUGAGGUCGAAUGCUUUCAGACUGCUUUGCCUAUCGCGUUUCUUUGUUUCUUUGUUUGUCUGUUUCUCUUCUCCUUCGCUACCAACACCGUUUUCCACAGCACUUCCGCUGCAGUCGCGAAGCGGCAUCGCACUCGAACAACGCAGCGAAAAGCCGGACUGUAAUUUUGUCCUCGCGAGAAGCGGCCGGACAACGUCGUGCUGCAGCGAUUUGGUGUGGUUUUGUUUUGUUCUGUUUUACGUGGGCCCAAAGAAGAGAAGCGACGCUGCGGAAACUUCUCCUCGACGGCGAAGAGCUGAAAAGGCAGGUUCGUUGCCCACGUUGACGGCUACAUCUGUAACACUACAUCUGCGCCUCGCCCGAAUCUUUUUUGCAAGCCGUUGAGACACAUCAUCGACGUUCCUUGACCCCCCCCCUCCUCCGCCCCUCCUUCCUCCUACAUACACACACGAGAAGCCAACAUGCCGUCCAACUCGUACAACACAGCCGAUAUCCCACGCGAGCUGCAGCGGCUGAUCGACCACACCGACCGCGGCAUCGAGCAGCUGUACCAGCUGGCAGGCGAGAGCGCCAAGCUCACCGAAGGUGCCCGACGUGGGGAAACAAAGCGUGGGCCCACGCAGCGGCAGCGUCAGCAGCGAGCGCAGCGGGAUUCCUAUUACUAUGAUCCAGUGCCGGCACCGCGUGCGUCAACGCAGCGUCGCGGUGCUCCUUCAGCUGCGUCAUCUAGCGAUGAAGAUGAUUAUCCAAAAGAAGAAGAAGCAGAGGACUCUGACGACAGCGACGGAGACGCCUACGAAGAGGUCGUCAACAUCUCAGGAGACAGGGGACGACUCGCAGGAAGCGGAUGGAGUGGUCAACGCGACAGCCGGCAACGGAAAGGGAAUCGGUCUCACGCGCCGACUGCACGCCCCCACCAUAACGCGACGUCCUCCUAUACAACACAGACACGCGCCGCCGCGUCGCUGCGGGGUUCUCCCGCCUCCACGCCGAACCGCAACGUGAAUCACCUCAGCCGAACUCCUUUCUCUUCUUCUCCCGCCUCUCUCGAGAAACCGCCGUACGCACCGCAGCCCGCUUUGCCUUCCCCUUCUUCGUUUUUAUCCUCCUCCCUGCCGAACCUCAGCGCGUCUGCCCCGCCACCACCGCCGCCGCCGUGGCAGCUGCGGCGACACAGUGGACGGAAGGCAACGACGACAACGGCGACGAUGCGCAGCAGUGUAGUGGAUAGUGGGCGUGGCUUUAAUGCGCUAUCAAGAGGGCGUGCUGGAAGCACUCAUCACGGUGGCUCACCGUCUUCGCUCAAUGACAGCGCCGCCUACCGCACGCACCUGGCUGCGCAGCAGUCCACGCAGAAGCCGGACGCAGCUGCUGCUGCAGCGGCGCGUCAACGGCGCUACCGCUCGCUUCUCUUCACGGAUGCGGACGAGGACGCCAGCGCCGCCACUCCCGACUCGCACCGGGCAAUGCACGACAACUCCCUGGCAGAGGCGUCGUCGCACCACCACAGUGGCUCUAACGUCAACACCUCCUUCGCGUCCGCGGGAAUGUUGUCGCGCUUUGGCAAACGAUGGGGUGCGGUGUUCGAGGAUAUGCUGGCAGCACCACCACCACCACCGUCACCUCCAGAAAAAGCAGCGAUCGGAAAACCGGCAAGGGCAAAGCUGGCGCGAGGAGAAGCCGCUGACCGGCGGCGCGUGUCGUCAAUGACGUCCUCCUCCUCUUCUACCAACUCUGACAACGAAGUGGAAGACGAAAGAAAAGUGAGACCGCAGCCAAGAAGCAAAAGCGCUGCCGAGAAGGAGAAGCGACCACAACGGGAAGAGGAGCGUUGGCAGGCAGCCCCGCUGACAGCCAGCAGCACGAGUAUUCACGCCGCAGCGGAGGCACUUGCAGCACGACCGCGCACCUCACCCAACAGCAGUGGAAUAGUCGCCACCGUGAAGCCUUCUCUUUCCCCUCUCCCCGCAUAUCAAAGCAGCGCCGAUGCGCGCAUCAUCGAGCAGCUCCGGGCAGAUCUACAGACGAAGGAGGAAGCAAUGCUCCAGCUCCGUAUGGAUCAUGCACGGGAAAUGGCGGAGGUCCGGCAGUCCAGCUCGCUCGAGCGCGCCUCGGCGGCGAAGAACACGGCGGAUGAACUCGCCACCACCUACGGCAUUCAGCAGCAGCUGCUGCAGACGUCCCUGCAGACGGAGCGUGAGCGGGUGGCGGAGGCGGAGGAGCAGCUUCGCCUGACGCGUCGCGAGGCAGCGCAGCGUAAGCUGGACCUGGAGGACGCCACCCACGCUCUCGAGACACUUCAAAGCAAGCACACGACGCUGGCGAACGCACAUCAGGAGCUUGUCGCGCAAUCCGCCCAGUGGCGCGCGCAUGCCGAGAAGGCCUCCACGACAGUCCGUCAGCUCGAAGCACAGGAGAAGGUUUGGAAGGCAAAGGAAGUGGAUUGGCAAGCGCGGGAGACGCAGCUGCAACAGCGCCUCGAGGCAGCCGAGGUGCGCCUUCGGCAGCAGGAGGCGUCGGCGCAGGAAGUACUGGCGCAGGUGGAGACCGAGUUCACGCAGACGUCGCAGAGCUACCAGGACCUGCUCGCCGAGGCAACGAAGCGCAUGUCCUACCUCGAGAAGAGCCACCGCAAGUACAAGGUGAUGAAGGAGUCACACAACCUGCUCAAGACGGAGCACGCGCAGCUCGUGGAGUCGGCGCUGCAACGGACACAGCGGCACGAGAGUGAAGUGAGUGCGUUGACUGCGGAGGUGCUAGAGCUGCGCCGGCAACUGCACCAGCGGGACUCCGUCUCACAGGAGGCGUCAGAGUCGUAUCAGGAAACGCUGAGGGACUACAAGCGGCGGUUGGAGCUGCAGGAGGCGAACGCCGCGGAGCACGCGCAGACGCUGCAGCAGCACAUCGCCACGGCCAACCACACCAUCGAACUGCUGCGCACGCAGCUGGAGAGCGCCAAGCAGGAGGUACUGGAGGAGCAAAGACGCAGUCAGCAGCAACAGAUGGAGGCAGCUCAGGCAGAGCUGCACGCGCGAGAAAACUUAGCGGAGCAGCAGCGAUCGGCAGCCGCGUUCAAGGUGCGUACCGAGGAUGUCAUUGCUCAGCAGAAGCGCCAACUGAAGGAGAAAGAUACGAAGAUGCAGGCCCUGGCCGCCGGUGCAGCGGAACCCGUGCAGCGCCUGCGAGAGCAGCUCGAGGACGAGCGAGGACGACGCGCCCGGCUGGAGGAGCAGCUGAAGACGUACAAGCGAAAGGCGAAGCAAGCGGAGGAGCACGCGGCGGCGGAGAUACGGCGGGAGCAGCUGCGCAACGCCCUCCUGUCAACUCCCGCCGCCUCUGCCUCCGCCUCCGCCCCGCAGCGUCUCUUGCGGUCUGCCACGGCGACCCCGUCUGUGCACAGCACCUCCCCGCCGCGGCCGUUCUUCGCUGUCAGUGGUACUAGUACCAGCGGCCAAGGAGGCGCCGCACCGCCUGUGGCUCUGAGCUUGGCGGCUCGUCGCAGCGCCACUGCGUCGUCGUCGGCCGAUGGAGCUCAUAGAAAUCGCGGUGCCUCACCCUUUCACGCAGCGCGGCCUCCGACGGCGGUGGUGAGGGGCACGACGCCGUCCGCGGAAGGGACGCGGGUGGGAGGGGCAACGAAGCAGCGGCAGCGGAGCCCACCGCACACGCCGACCUCGUCGCCCGCGGUGGACGGCUUCCCUCCUACGUCGCACGCGCCGCAGGGAUCUGCCUUCACAAGAGCCGGUGGCCACCCACAUAUCUCCUCCUUGUCGCCUCCAGCGUCCGCCCAGCCGUCCGCUUCGAAUGAACGACGGCGAUCUGCGAAAGAGAAGGACGUCGCUCCUGUGGCCGCCGGUGCUGGUUUGGUGGGCACGCCUGCGAUAUCGCCCAACGCCACGGUGCAGUCCAUCUCCGGCAUUUCGCAUUCUACGCCGUACACGAGCACGCUGCUGGGGGACGCGGAGUUGGAGAGGGCGACGGCUAUGGCGGCUGCCUCUGGUGGUGGUGCGGGUCCACCAAGCGAAGGGAGUGCAUCAGGGCAGAGGAAGAAUGACUUGGAGAGCGAACGCGAGAGCGAUGACGCAGCGCACGGCGGCACCGCAAGCGCGCUGCCUUGGUAUGCCCAGAAGGCGAGACGCCAAGGCAAAUGGAAAGAAGAAGAGGAAGAAGAGCAGCAGGAUCUGCCAAGACAUGAGCGCCCACACGCCUCGUUCUCUCCUCCGCGCACGGGGCAGGAGGACGCCGUCGCCACGACGCAGGUGUUCACCGAUGCUGGCAUGCAGGAGCACGAGGAGCGCAUGCGCACCUUCCACUCUAGCGCCCUGGAAGUGAUGCGGCGUUUUGCGGGCAGCCGUCAGGAGGCGCUGGCGCGGUGUGCUGACAUCGUUAAGCAAACCGCCGUCGAGCGCCGCCGCGAUGCGCAGGCACGUUCGCUGCGUGAGAGCGACGGUCGCGCAAGUCCGGCAGCAGCAGCAGCUGCUGAUGCCUCCGACAGCGAGAGCGAAUCGCAGUAG